GCGGGCCAAAGAAAAAAAAAUUACACAACACAGCGAUUACGAAAAACUGCGAAUUAAAGAAAUAGGAAGCUUAGCGAUGUGGGUUUUCAUUUUUCAUAAUCAUCAAGCACAAUUAGUGGAACUUAGAAUGUUAUUUUGGCGGUAAUAGAUGAGGACAACCAUCAUGGACGAGUGAUUGUUUCAGCAAUUCUCCUCCGUAAGCAAAGAGCAGUAGCUGAAACAAACGACGAAAACUGUGAUAAGCAUGAACAAGCGCCAAGAAGAUGAGCGUAACACAGCUGCUACCCUUGACUCCAGGUUGAAUCAGACCCUCAAAAAUGUUCAAGGGUUACUCAAGGGUCGCAGCAUUCCCGGUAAAAUAUUAUUGAGUCGUAGGUCAGAUCCUCCGGAUAGCUCAAACUCAAAGAUGUCAAAUAACCCAAACUCAAAGAUAUCCUCACCAAGUUACAAGAGGAGCUUUUCUCACAAUGAUGCUGGUCCAAGUGAUCAUACAUCUGAGGCAGUAGAGGAGGAAUUUCCGAGUACAAACAAACCAAUUAGUAUUGCCAAUGACAGUAAGCUAAAAGUGUCGACUUCCUUUGGAAGCAACCAGCCUGAAGAAAUCCGCAAGUCUAUCUUGGGUGCUAGAUCUACGGACUCUGCAAGAGUUAUGAAGUUCACUAAGGUCCUCUCCGAGACAGUGGUUAUAUUAGACAAGCUGCGUGAAUUAGCAUGGAGUGGUGUUCCAGACAAUAUACGUCCUAAAGUGUGGAGACUUUUGUUGGGAUAUGCACCACCUAAUUCAGAUAGAAGGGAGGGAGUUCUAAGAAGGAAGCGCCUUGAGUAUCUUGACUGUAUAUCUCAGUAUUAUGAUAUUCCAGAUACAGAACGUUCAGAUGAUGAGGUCAACAUGCUUCGUCAGAUUGGUGUUGAUUGUCCAAGAACUGUACCUGAUGUUCCAUUCUUCCAGCAAACGCAAGUUCAGAAAUCAUUAGAGCGUAUUCUUUAUGCAUGGGCCAUUCGCCAUCCUGCAAGUGGAUAUGUUCAGGGGAUAAACGAUCUUGUUACACCGUUCUUGGUUGUUUUCUUAUCAGAGUAUUUUGAAGGGGAUAUAGAUAAUUGGUCAAUGUCUGAUUUAUCUCCAGAUACAAUCUCUAAUGUAGAGGCAGACUGUUACUGCUGCUUGUCAAAGUUGCUUGAUGGUAUGCAAGAUCAUUACACAUUCGCUCAACCUGGAAUUCAGAGGCUUGUUUUUAAGUUGAAGGAAUUGGUCACGAGGAUUGAUGAGCCUGUUUCGCGGCACUUGGAGGAUCAGGGACUUGAUUUUCUUCAGUUUGCUUUCCGCUGGUUCAACUGUCUUCUCAUCCGUGAGAUACCAUUCCAUCUCAUCACGCGCCUUUGGGAUACAUAUUUAGCUGAAGGAGAUGACUUACCUGACUUCCUAAUAUAUAUAUUUGCCAGCUUCCUUCUAACGUGGUCUGACAAGCUCCAGAAAUUUGAUUUCCAAGAAUUGGUAAUGUUCCUUCAGAACCUCCCGACAGAGAAUUGGACUCACCAGGAGCUUGAGAUGGUGCUUUCACGAGCAUUUAUGUGGCACACCAUGUUCAACAACUCUCCCAGCCAUUUAAUUAGCUAAGCGGUCAUUUGCUGUUUUCUGGGUUUAGUUCGUCAAUUUUAUCUUUUCUUUUUCUUGAUUUUCAGAUGACUUCUGCUCUUGCUCACUAUGUCGUGCUUUGUUGUUAUUAAACUAUUCUUGUAAACCAAUUCUAUUUUUGUAUGUGACCUUGUAAUAUGUUGUAAAGGAGAGACAAAAACAAAUGAUAGACACACUGAGUCUACUUCUAUUGUAUUAACGAUAUAUAUUCCAGAACAACAAUCGAUACCCAGUUUGUGUAUGCAA